UCCUGUAAUGAGAGGCGGAGUCUUUACCGUCCUCAAGCUUUAUAGACAGUUCGUGUUCGAACGCUGACUGUCUGUCACUUCUCAGAACUUCUUUGGAGAAACUUUCGACAACGCUUUGGAACGAUGCAGUACGACUAUAGUAAAAACAAGGACGAACAUCCGGAGCCCAUUAAAGCUGACCUAAAAGGCUUGAUUCCUGAAUGGCUGCAGGGCACGCUUAUACGCAAUGGACCUGGCCUCUUCUCUUUGGGAGAGACGAGAUACAACCAUUGGUUUGAUGGAAUGGCACUUUUGCACAGUUUCACAAUAAAAAAAGGUGGGUCAGACGGGUCUCCACCUUUGAAAAGCGCUGAGGUCGUGUGCACUGUGCCCUGCCGUUCCCUCCUCACGCCCAGUUAUUACCACAGCUUUGGCAUGACUGACAACUACUUUGUCUUUAUCGAGCAGCCCUUAAAGCUGGAUGUCCUCAAAAUGGCCACAGCCUAUCUGAGGGGAGUCAGCUGGGCCAGCUGCAUGAAAUUCCACCCUGAAGACAGUACCCUGAUUCACCUUAUUGACCGAAAGACAAAGAAGGAAGUUGGGAUCAAAUUCUACACUGGUGCGAUGGCUGUCUACCAUCAAGUCAAUGCCUUUGAAGAUGAUGGCCAUGUUGUUUUUGAUGGGAUCUGCUAUGAUGACAACAGCUUGUAUGAAAUGUUUUACCUGGACAAGCUGAAGGAGCAGAUGGGAGCAGAUACAGUGUACUGCAAGCCAAAAUGCAAAAGAUUUGUGUUGCCCCUGAGCGACAUGGGUGAGACAGGUGAAGAUCUGGUCAAACUUAAAUACACGACAGCAAGUGCUGUGAAGGAGAAAGAGGGGAAGGUUCUGUGUCAGGGCGAGGUUCUCUGUGAUGGUGUGGAACUUCCAAGAAUUAAUUACAAUUUCAAUGGAAAGAAGUACAGAUAUUCGUACAUGUGUUGUGUGGAUAUAUCCCCAGUGGCCACAAAGAUUGUAAAGUUUGAUGUGGAGACAAAGCAGAAGAUUGAGUGGACUGGAGGAGACUGUUUUGCCUCGGAGCCUGUUUUCAUUCCCAGGCCAGAUGCAGUUGAUGAAGAUGAUGGUGUAGUCCUGACAUGUAUCAUAAACGCCAAACCUGUGCAGGGUGGCUUUCUACUGGUGCUUGAUGGCAAGUCUUUCAAAGAGGUUGCCCGGGCAUGUAUAGAUGUAGAUUUCCACAUGGACAUGCAUGGCUACUUCAUACCAGGCAGUAGUUAAAUCUUUGAUGUAUGCCAGCUAUACAGGCAUAAUGACAGAGAUAGAGAAUCUCCUGUAAAUGUUGGUAUUUUGAUAAUCUGGUUACAAAGUUGUCAAAAACAUUGAAGUCACAUUUUGUGAUUGACUGUAUACAGUGGUGUUUGGAAGUUGUUGGUGUAUUUCUUGUUUGGAAAAAAUGCAUGCAUGUAUAAAGUUUGAAAGGUCAUUUAUUGUAAUAUCAAACA